UCUUCGUUCUUGACUUGCCUCGUGCAUCACUCUGUGUUCUUCGGCUGGAGUUGCAGAGAAUGAUGGCGGCGGUCUCCAAAAGCUUGCUCGGUUCUCUUCUUCUUGCAGGGGUCAUAAUGGAGUUGGUGACGUCUUCCGAGGCUUAUGUUUACGACGUCGGUGGGAGAGAUGGUUGGGCGCCCAAUCCUUCGGAGAGUUACGACGGCUGGGCUGGGAGGAACAGGUUCCUGGUCAAUGACAAGCUCGUGUUUAGAUACAGGAAGGAUGCGGACUCUGUUCUGGUGGUGACGAAGCAGGACUACGACGCAUGCAACGGGGGCAAUCCGAUCCAGAAGUUGGAGGGAGGCGAUUCGGAGUUCAAGUUGGAUCGGUCGGGGCCGUUCUUCUUCAUCAGCGGCACGCCGGGCAACUGCCAGAAGGGCCAGAAGCUGCAAGUGGUGGUGUUGGCCGUCAGAAACGUAAAACCAGGCCCGUCGCCGCCGGCCCCUCCACCAGCUAUCCCUCCGUCACCGCUUCCUCCUUCCGAGCGCCCCACCUCCCCUCCUGCUCCUCCACCAUCUCCCUCUUCCAACUCCUCUAGUGGAACUGGUACACAGACAACGCCGUCGCCGUCGCCGUCGCCGUCGCCGAUCCCGUCUCACCCGAGCCACUCCUCCUCUCUCGCAGGCGCAUCAACGAUCACGCUUGGACUAGCGGCUAUGAUCCUGGGUGGCGCCUUUGUCUACUAAUACCACGGGUUGAUGAUGAUGGAUGAUUAAUAAGUUUUUGUUACGUGACGUACUUAUUGCUGAUGGUGAUUGUGUUUGAGACAUUCUUGUGGAUGUUGUAUUUCUCUUCUUUGUUCUUUUCCAGGGGUUCAAAGUAUUUCUGGGUGGUGGGUGUGUAUGUGUACCAAUAAGAAAGACAAUGACUUUAGUGUA